CGCGCGGAGACCAGAGGACUCGCCUGGGAAGGUGGCGGGGGCCUGCGGGGCGCGAGGAGCUGGGCCCCGGGCUGGCCCCGGGCGGGGAUGGGGCACAGCGCGGGCAACCGGUAUGGCCCUGCCGCUGCUGCUGGGGCAGCUGCUGGCGCUGAUGGGCCCCGGGGACGCGUUCUACCUCGAGGUCCGCGAGCUGGAGGAGAAGUGCUUCAUCCAGGAGAUCCCCGAUGGUACCGUGGUCAUAGGUAACUACAAGACGGAGCUAUACGACCCUGCUAUGGAAAAGUACCAGCCCUCCCCCCAGUGGAUCAAUUUAUUCGUGUUUGUGAAGGACCCGGAGAACAAGAACCUUCUGGCCCGUCAGUAUGGCCCUCAGGGCAGCUUCACCUUCACCUCUCAGUCUCCAGGAGAGCACCAGAUCUGCCUCCACCUUGAGUCUAUCCGGUUCGCCCUCUUCUAUGAUGGCAAGCUGGCCAUUCACUUGGAUAUGCAGUUGGGUGAACGCAGCAACGAUUACGCGGAGUUUGCAGCCAAGGACAAGCUGACCCAACUGCAUCUGCGUGUCCAGCAGCUUGUGGAGCAGGUGGAGUUGAUCCAGAAGGAGCAGGAAUACCAGAGGUGGCGAGAGGAGCGCUUCCGGCAGACCAGCGAGAGCACCAACCAGCGGGUGCUGUGGUGGUCCAUUCUGCAGACCUUCAUCCUCGUGGCCACAGGUGUCUGGCAGAUGCAGCACCUCAAGAGUUUCUUUAAAGCCAAGAAGCUGGUGUAG